AUGGAAAAUUACACUCUCCCCGAGGAUUUAAUGGUAGAAAUUAUGUUGAGGUUGCCCGUUAGAUCUCUUUUACGUUUCAAAUGCGUGUGCAAGUUAUGGUUGUCCCUUAUUUCCAAUCCUGAAUUUGGUCAAUCUUAUGAUGAGCUCGAUCCAUCUCUCUCAAAUACAGAUUAUAAUUACGGGGAAGUGUUUAGGCAAAGAAAUAGUAUUCUACUUGGUUUUGGGUAUGAUGAAUCAACAUAUGACUACUUGCUAGUUCUUAUCCGACAAUCCUAUUCGUGUGAGUUCAUUGCAGACAAGUUUUCUGAUGCGGUUAAGAAUUCGCAUCCUCGAAUUCAGGUUUUCUCAUUGAAAACCAAUGUGGCCUCCUUUAUUUAUGGUGUUGAUUUUGAUGAAUAUAAUGCUGUUUUUACCUCUGGGUUGUUCUUGAAUCAGUCUCUUCAUUGGUUGUUUGAAUCUAAAGCUACGCACCUUCCACUAAUUGUUGCCUUUAAUUUGAGAGAUAGAAGUUUAUUUGAGAUUCCUCUAUCACCUGAUUGUGUACAAUUGUACAAUAAUAAAACGUGUUAUUUAAGGGUACUAGGAGUAAGUUGUCUUAGUCUAUAUUACUGUGGCUGGGGCGGAGGUGAUGCAGAUGAGAUAUGGGUCAUGAAAGAAUAUAAAGUGUCGUCUUCUUGGAUUAAAUUUUUUGUUCUGCCGCAAAACAUUAGUUUCAUGAAGAACCGAUUUUGGCCUAUAUGCUUUACUAAAGAUGGUGCACUUGUUGCAUCAAGUGGCGAUGGAACAAUAAUGAGAUUGAAUGACAAUGGAGAUGUACUUGAGCAACACAGAGAUGGGCUGGAGAACAAUGAUUUUCCAAAACAUCGUUAUAUGUAUAGAAAGAGUUUGCUACCACUCCCUUAG